CUCGACGUCCCAUCCCCCUUUCCUUUUCUCCCACUGCACUGCAGCUCCGCUGCCGCUAGCUGCCCUUUCCCUCUCUCGUCUCGUCCUCCCCUCACCCCACCCCAUGGCCACGGUCACCACCACCACCACCCCCCACAGCUCCGACUCCCACCACGCUACUUACCGUGCCUGCUGCACUCCUGCUCAGGCUCCAUAGAGACGCGUGGGACCGAAGCCGCCGAUCAAGCUCUGCUCGGGGCGGAGCAGCAUCAGGCGGUGGUGAGUGGUGACAGGCAGGCAGGCAGAGUGACCGACUGGUGAGUCGAAGCUUGAGCGGGAGGUGGACUUUGGGAGGCUCCGGCGGGCCCCGGAGCGGAGAUGGUGCUGGAUCUCAAUGUAGCGUCGCCGGCGGACUCGGGCACGUCGAGCUCGUCCGUCCUCAACUCCGCGAACGGCGGCUUCCGGUUCGGUCUGCUCGGGAGCCCCGUCGACGACGACGACUGCUCCGGCGAGAUGGCGCCGGGCGCGUCCACGGGGUUCAUGACGCGGCAGCUCUUCCCGUCCCCGACCCCGCCGGCCGAGCCGGAGCCGGAGCCGCCGGCGGCGCCGGUGCCGGUGUGGCAGCCACGGCGCGCCGAGGAUCUCGGCGUGGCACAGAGGCCGGUGGCGCCCGCGAAGAAGACGCGGCGUGGGCCGAGGUCGCGCAGCUCGCAGUACAGGGGCGUCACCUUCUACAGGAGGACGGGCCGCUGGGAGUCGCACAUCUGGGAUUGCGGGAAGCAAGUCUACCUAGGUGGUUUCGACACUGCGCAUGCGGCUGCGAGGGCGUACGAUCGAGCUGCGAUCAAGUUCCGCGGCCUCGAGGCGGACAUCAACUUCAGUCUGGGCGACUACGAGGAUGAUUUAAAGCAGAUGAGGAAUUGGACCAAGGAGGAAUUCGUGCACAUACUCCGGCGGCAGAGCACAGGGUUCGCGAGGGGAAGCUCGAAGUACCGUGGCGUGACGCUGCACAAGUGCGGCCGCUGGGAAGCUAGGAUGGGGCAACUUCUUGGCAAGAAGUACAUCUAUCUUGGGCUCUUUGACAGUGAAGUUGAAGCGGCAAGGGCUUAUGACAGGGCAGCCCUUCGCUUCAAUGGGAGGGAAGCUGUUACUAACUUUGAGCCUAGCUCCUACAAUGCAGGAGACAAUAGCCUGCCUGACACCGAAACUGAGGCAAUUGUUGAUCGUGAUGCCAUUGAUUUGGAUUUGCGGAUUUCACAACCUAAUGUGCAAGAUCCCAAAAGGGACUAUACCUUAACCAGCCUCCAGCCAACAUGUGAUUCCCCUGAAUCUUCAAAUACGAUGGCCUCUCAGCCAAUGAGCUCAUCAUCCCCAUGGCCCGGGUAUCAGCAAAACCCAGCAGUGUCAUCUCACCAUCAGCAUUUGUACUCGUCAGCCUGUCAUGGCUCCUUUCCGAACCACCAGGUGCAGGAAAGGCCAAUGGAGCGAAGGCCUGAGCUGGGUGCCCAGCCAUUCCCCACCUGGGCAUGGCAAACGCAGGGCUCCCCUCACGUGCCGUUGCACCACUCUGCAGCAUCAUCAGGAUUCUCGACCGCCGCCGGGGCGAACGGCGGCAUGCCGCUGCCGUCUCACCCGCCGGCGCCGUUCCCGACUACAAACCCGUUCUUCUUCCCCUAGACCGCUUUUGACAGCUUUCUGUUCCGGCUGAACUAUCGGCGUCUGGAAUGGCAGCUGGUCUUGUGUGUGGCGUCUAGCAGCUUUGCUUGUCGGUGACCGUUGUUAAUUAAGUAGUAAUAAUGGGAGAAAGUAUGUGUGUGUGCGUGUGUGUGUGUGUGUGUGAGAGAGAGAGAGAGAGAGAGAGAGAGAGAGAGCGCGAGCCAUAAGAAGCAACAUGGCUAGUCUCCCUCUGGUAUGUGGCUGUUGAGAUAUGGGCUGUUGCCAUUGCCGUGGAUCUGCCAUGGUUGAGAUUUGUACUUGUACCCCAUGCAUGAAUUGGUUCUGAAAUGGUAGUAUUUUGUUCUACUGGUC